AUGUCUUCUCUUCAGCUGAUCGAUGAGAACAAAACCUUCAAUGAGCGUUUGUUGCCCUAUAUUCAGCAAUACUAUGAUGGAAAGGACGGCAAUGGCCUUAAUUACCACAUAGUGGCCGUUUUUGGGUCCCAAUCAACAGGUAAGUCAACCUUGUUGAAUCGUCUUUUUGGCACUGAGUUCGAGGUCAUGGACGAGGCGAAAAGACAACAAACUACAAAGGGCAUUUGGAUAUCCCAUGCAAAAUACAUAGCGUCUUCCACUGCCGAGUCUGGGCGCACUGAAAACAAAAAUCAUGUGUUUGUUCUUGAUGUCGAGGGAGUGGAUGGAAGAGAGAAAGCAGAUGAUAAGGACUUUGAGCGUAAGUCUGCUCUCUUUGCGCUCUCUACGUCCGAGAUACUGAUAGUCAAUAUCUGGGAACACCAAGUCGGACUCUAUCAGGGUGCCAACAUGGAACUCUUGAAAACUGUUUUUGAAGUCAACUUGAGCCUUUUCCACACAAACAGACAGAAGUGCUUGUUGCUGUUUGUGGUGCGUGAUUUCACAGGUGUCACGCCACUGGAGAAUCUUGAAGAGAAUCUCAAAACGGACUUGAGUAAGAUCUGGGAGAGUUUGAGCAGGCCGGAAAAUUGUGAAGGUCUCAAGAUAACUGAUUUCUUCGACCUCGGGUUCGUUAGCAUUUCCCACAAAUAUUUCCAGACAGAGAGGUUUGAGGAAGACAUCCGCUUGCUGGGCGAUAAGUUUGCGUCUGAUUCUCUUUUCAAGCAGGAAUACCACAGAAAUAUUCCUAUAGACGCUUGGACCAUCUAUAUGGACCAAAUCUGGCAGCAGAUUGAGCUAAAUAAGGAUCUUGAUCUUCCGACACAACAGAUACUGGUUGCAAGAUUUAGGUGCGAUGAAAUAAUGCAACAGGCAUACGACAUUUUCGAGGAGCAGUACCAAAUGGUUGAUUUUGGGGAACUGGAGGAUUCGCAACUUUUUGCCGACGCUUUGAAACAGUUGCGCGCCGAAGCCCUCGCACCGUAUGAUAGUUCUGCUUCAAGAUAUCAUCAGAGCGUGUACCUUGAGCGCAGAGAGCAACUAAUCAAGAAAGUUGAUCAGAGACUAAUGGAGACGAACUCGCAAAGACUGAAUUCUGUGAUCAAGAAGCUUGUUAGCGUAUUCACCGAACAAGUCCAGAUUGCAAAGAGAAAGCACGACGCAAAGUUCAGUGACAUAUUAGCAGCUCAAGCUGCAGCCAUUGUGACUCAAUUCCGCGAGGACGCCACUAAGUGUAUUUUUGAUCAUUCUCGUGAGCUGGAACAGCUGGAGAGAGAACUAAGCGAUAUCAGUGAGCAAUUGAGGCGCAAAGAGAAGAAUCUCUUACUGUCACGACUGGCCAAGAGGUUUCAAACACAGUUCAAGGAGAAGUUGUCAGAAAUCACUGGCAACCCAUCAAUAGAUCUUUGGGAUAGAGUCUUGAAUGAGUUCAGUCAGAUUUCACAGAGCCUAGAGUCGAAAUAUGUCUCUGGUGAUUUAUAUGAUUAUCAGCUCGGAAUGACAGAACAAGAAAACAAGAAUACACACAUCGAAUUACUGCAGUCAUUCUGGACAAAGUUCAAAGACAUCGUUCAUGAUUUUGUGACGGAAGACACAGUCUCGCGUAUUCUCCGAAACAAAUUUGAAGAUCUUUUCAGAUACGACGAUAAUGACGUGCCAAGGGUGUGGCUAAAUACACUAGAGAUUGACCAGCAGUAUAACAAAGCGAGAGACACGGUCCUGAGUCUGCUACCUGUUUUUAGCAAGAUGGUAUUGACUAAAACCAAUGAGGAAAUUGUUCCCCCUGUGAACAUUUCCACUACUGACUCCGAGGAGUUGGAUGACGAUGAUAAGGAAACCACGUUUGCCGAGCUUUUGUCGGCCAAGCAACAGAACGGAGUGCUGUCCAGGGUCAAAAAAGAGAUGGAUGCCAUUUACAUAGAAGCCAAGCGUUCGGUUAUGGCCAACACCACCUCGAUUCCUUUCUGGAUGUAUGCCUUGGUUCUUGUUUUGGGGUGGAAUGAGCUUAUGGCUGUUCUCCGUAACCCAUUGUUGUUUAUGCUGAUCAUCAUCCUUGCUACAACGGCUUAUUUUGCUCACUAUAUGGGCCUGCUACGUCCAAUGCUGAGUGUUGCAGGGGCCACCUUGACACACACCAAGACGGUGGCCAAACAAAAAUUGCGGGAGCUCGUUGAGGAUGCCGAGUCUGCAAAGACAGAUGUGAAGGCAGAGGUCAAGGAGGCAAAAGCCGGAUAA